AGAUGCGGAGAAUGCUGAGAGAAUGUUUCUUUAAGACCCAUUACCUCCCGAUCCGGCUGAGGGGGAGUCUGUGUGGUAAGGUGGCGGAUCGUCUCUCCCUGCCUGCCUGCGCCCUCCGCGCCUCCGCCUCCCGCCUUACAUGUGGGGGGGGAAAUAACGCGAAGGCUACUUUCGGAGAGCGGCGCUCACACCGAAAUGGAUGGAUAAGGGGUUUCUAAAAACAUUUUUUAUUUAUUUUUWAAUUCCAGCAUCAAACAUGGACACUCCAGACUCCCCGCGAUGACUGUGGUAAGGAUGCAACUUCACACCGCCCCAUCGCAACCCAGUUUCUGUUGACAAGAGGGAAAAAAACGGASAGGAGAUGCAGAAACGGCGCAGAAGAGAAAUGUGCACGUACUGGUGAAAUGCAUUGACUCCGCGGAAGGCAGGCGGUUCGGUCUGUGCAUGUAUGUGCGUGUUGGAGGGAGUCUCGGCUCGCAUCAGACCAACUGUGCAACGCUCGCUGCUUUUGUCCGCGUCAGGGAUUGACAGCUCUUCCUGCUGGUGCUGUGAGGAGCUCUGCCGUGUGGAAACCAUUUAAAGCGACCGGCCCACCUUUAUCCCUUCCUGGUCCUUAACCCUUUCCCUCCCAUGUCCCUGGCCAACCCUGGAUACCCCCCGGAAGGGCAUCGCUGCGUUAUCUGCCUCUUCCGCAUGAACACUCGGAUCAUUUCCCAUGUAGGUCAGGACUUUGUGAUGAAAGACUAGUAAGCAAGGAGAGCAAACACAACAGCAAUAAACUCAAGAAGAAGUGGAUGUAGAGACAACCAAAGGGAUGCUAUUUUUGGAAGAUGUAAAGAUUUAUAUUUUAUACAUCUUUUAGUACGAGCAAAUAAAAAAACCAAGAGAGUUUGCACGUACAAUCCCCCCGUUAGGUUUCUUCAAUAACUCCACUCACACGCCGUGGUCUCAUGAUGAUGUGCGAGGUGAUGCCCACCAUAUCUGAGGAUGGGCGCAGCAGCAGCGGCGGAGGCCCCACCUCGCCGCCCGGGGCCGGGGUGGGCGGGGGCCCCGCCGGAGCCAUGGGCGGAGGGGGAUUCAGCAGCAGGGAGCCCAGGGGGGACGAAGGAGGCAGCACGGGGAACCUGGAGUCUCUGAUGGUCAACAUGCUGACGGAGAGGGAGAGGCUGCUGGAGAACCUGAGGGAGACGCAGGAGAGCCUGGGCACGGCACAGCUCCGCCUCCGCGAGCUCGGCCACGAGAAGGAGUCGCUCCAGAGGCAGCUAUCCAUCGCUCUGCCCCAGGAGUUCGCCGUGUUGACUAAGGAGCUGAACGUUUGCCGGGAGCAGCUUCUGGAGAGGGAGGAGGAAAUUGCUGAGCUCAAGGCGGAGAGAAACAACACACGUCUGCUGCUGGAGCACCUGGAGUGUCUGGUGUCCCGCCACGAGCGCAGCCUGAGGAUGACGGUGGUGAAGAGGCAAGCCCAGUCCCCUGCAGGCGUGUCCAGCGAGGUGGAAGUCCUCAAGGCUCUCAAAUCCCUGUUCGAGCACCACAAAGCCUUGGACGAGAAGGUUCGAGAGCGGCUCCGUGUGGCCCUUGAGAGGGUGUCCRUGUUAGAAGAUCAGCUCGCAGCGUCUUCUCAAGAGGUAAUCUCUUUAAGAGACCAAAUUAAAAGACGUCAACAAGGGGUGGACGGCGGGAAAGAUCGGCUCCCCAACGGCCCCUCGUCUGGGCUGGAGGACGGGGAGCUGGAGAGGCAGCGGGAAGGGGAGAUAGAGAGGCAGAAAGCCGAGCUGUCCCAGCUGAGGGAGAGGCUGGCCCUCAUGUGCCGACAGGUUGGAGAAAUAGAGGAACAGCUUGCGGCCGCCAGGAGGGAGGUGACGAAGACGGAGGAGGCCAAUCAGAAGCUCCAAAGGGAAGUGAAGGAGGCUCUCUGCCAAAGAGAAGACAUGGAAGAGAGAAUUACAACGCUAGAGCGAAGGUACCUGAGUGCCCAGAGGGAGGCGACGUCUCUCCAUGACAUCAAAGACAAGCUGGAGAACGAGCUGGCCAGCAAGGAGUCCCUGUACAGACAAAGUGAGGAGAAGAACCGGCAGCUGCAGGAGCGUCUGGAUGAGGCCAAGCAGAAGCUGCAGCAGACGCUGCAGAGGGCCGAGACGCUGCCGGAGAUCGAGGCGCAGCUCGCUCAGAGAGUCGCUGCUCUCAAUAAGGCAGAGGAGCGCCACGGAAACUUUGAGGAGCGACUACGGCAAAUGGAAGCCCAGCUUGAAGAGAAAAACCAAGAACUACAACGGGCCAGGCAGCGGGAGAAGAUGAACGACGAACACAACAAACGGCUCUCGGAUACGGUGGAUAAACUUCUGUCUGAGUCCAACGAGAGGCUUCAGCUGCACCUCAAAGAGAGGAUGGCUGCGCUGGAGGAGAAGAACGCGCUCUCUGAGGAGCUGGCCAACAUGAAGAAGAUCCAAGACGACCUUCUCGCUAACAAGGAUCAGCUCCUGGCUGAGCUGGAGCGAGUCCAACUGGAGCUGGAUCAGCUGAGAGGCAGACCCGGCUCCUCCUACUCCAGGGCGGGCAGCGUCAGCUCACUUCCCUCCACCCUUUUUCGAAGAUCUCUUCCAGGGAGCGCCUCCGAGCUGCGGUACCCUCAGGGCGGGGGCUCGCUCCCGGCCGGCUACGGCAACUCCUCCAGUGGGGUGGUGGUCAGGCGGGCCCACCGCGGCCGCUGGGGGCCUCCCAGGGACGACGGUGGCAAGUAUGGAGACUGGGACAGCGGCAACAUGCUGCCCCCCGGGUUUGAGGGCGGCGUUGAAGGCGGCUGCUCUGAUGAUGAAGAGGACAGAGAGACUCUGUUUGGGUCUGAGCUUCUGUCUCCCAGCGGACAGACGGACGUCCAGACGCUGGCCAUCAUGCUGCAGGAGCAGCUGGAGGCCAUAAAUAAGGAGAUCAAGCUGAUUCAGGAAGAGAAGGAGAGCACGGAGCUGCGGGCCGAGGAGAUCGAGAGCCGGGUCAGCAGCGUGGCUCUCGAUGCCUCGCCUCUCCCUCCGUCCUCACUGGGGGGUCGGGACAGCGUGGGACGGGGCUACAUGACCCCGUCCAUCACGUCCUCCACCCUGGCGUCGCCGUCGCCUCCCAGUUCUGGUCAUUCCACCCCCCGCCUGCCCCACUCACCUGCCAGGGAGACCGAAAGACAGAACAGCAAAGAGGGUGAGGAAUGCCGAGCGCUGGCCCUGAUCGACUCCACCCCUCCGCCCGUCCCCCGAGCCCUGCGCUUGGACCGGAUGACUCACACACACCCGGGAGCCGGCCUGGACGACCACCGCGAGUUCCGCAGUCUUUCUGCUGACGGCGCCACCACAGCGAGCCAGGACUCCCUUCACAAAGCCAGCAAAAAGAAAAGCAUCAAGUCGUCCAUCGGGCGUCUGUUUGGCAAGAAGGAGAAGGGGAGAAUCGGCACGCCUGGGAGGGAAUCUGCCUCUCUGGCCUCCACUCCGUCGGAUGACCUUGGCUCGGCCGACCCACUGGGCCUGGCGAAACUCGGGACGGGAACGGUGGAGAAGGAUCGCCGCAGCAAAAAGAAACAUGACUUGCUGGAGGAAGCCUGUCGUCAGGGUCUUCCUUUCGCCUCCUGGGACGGCCCCACUGUCGUCACCUGGCUGGAGCUGUGGGUCGGGAUGCCUGCGUGGUACGUGGCAGCGUGCCGCGCCAACGUGAAGAGCGGCGCCAUCAUGGCCAACCUGUCGGACACCGAGAUCCAGAGGGAGAUCGGCAUCAGCAACCCCCUGCACAGGCUAAAGCUUCGCCUGGCCAUCCAGGAAAUGGUUUCCCUCACGAGUCCGUCGGCUCCGGCGAGCACGCGCUCCUCAACCAGUAAUAUCUGGAUGACGCAUGCUGAGAUGGAGUCUCUCGCUGCUGCCACCAAACCAGAGCAGAAGGAGUUCAGCUGGGAUCAGAUUCUGGCCCAUGGAGACAUGAACCAUGAGUGGGUUGGAAACGAGUGGCUGCCCAGCCUCGGUCUCCCCCAGUAUCGCUCCUACUUCAUGGAGUCACUGGUGGACGCCCGCAUGCUGGACCACCUCACCAAGAAGGAACUGAGAGGCCAGCUGAAGAUGGUGGACAGUUUCCACAGGGUGAGUCUUCACUAUGGGAUCAUGUGCUUGAAGCGCCUGAACUACGACAGGAAAGAGCUGGAGAGGAGGAGGGAAGAAAGUCAGCACCAGAACACAGAUGUGAUGGUCUGGUCCAACGAGCGCGUGAUGUGCUGGGUUCAGUCGAUCGGUCUGAAGGAGUUUGCAGACAACCUUUUGGAGAGCGGGGUGCACGGGGCCCUCCUGGCACUCGACGACACGUUUGAUUACACGGACUUGGCACUUCUUCUCCAGAUACCAAAUCAGAACACACAGGCGAGGCAGCUCCUGGAGAAGGAGUACAACGCUCUGAUCUCCAUGGGAACAGAAAGGAGGCCUGAUGAGGACGGCACCAAAACGUUCACACGCUCCCCGUCUUGGAGGAAGAUGUUCCGGGAGAAGGAUCUCCGCGGCGUCACGUCCGACUCCUCCGAGACGUUACCUGCCAACUUCCGUGCCUCCGCCAUCUCGACGCCCUCCGUCACGUUGAGGAAAGUCCAGAGCGAAGCUAACUCCGGUCCCAGAGGAGAGUCGGGUUCUGUGAGAACGUACUCCUGCUAAAGAUAAGCACACCAGAACCCACUUCUACUCCAACCUAAAGAAACCCCCCCACAUUUUUUAAGAAAAAAAUACCGAAGAGCAAAAGCAAAAACGGACGACCGACAUCGUGUCCCGAAAUAAUCAAAGACAGUGUGUGAAUGAUUUCUGAAAAGAUGACGAAAUAACGAGCGAAUGUCCAUUUACCCAUCAGUUUCUCCCUCUUUCUCUCUCUCUCUCUUUUUCUAUCUCUUCCUCUCCAUAGUUGUGGCAUGAUGAUGAUGAUGUUUGAAUCUGUAGAAAGUGGUCUGUAGAAAGUGACCAUCGCCUGUCGUGAAUUCAUCUUCUUUUUCUGAGCGUGAGACGGCAAUAUUGACACAACGAAUUUACGAUUUAAGAAAUGCAUUCCUGUUCAGAUCGAGUGAAACGGUCGAUAUAUUUUCAGAUGAUCUGAGUCUGAAAGGAGAAGACACUCCGGCGGAUAACUGACGUGUGUGUGUGUGCGUGUGUGUGCGUGUGUGUGUGCGCGUGUUCUGAAGCCAUAGAGGAACUGAGAUGCACAAAUGUGAACAGGACCAAUGACGAGAGAGUUGGGAAAAGUGCUUUAUGAGAAACUCCUGAUCCAACCAGGACUUAAAAAAUAAACAAACAGUUUAGAUAGGGAGCAUUUGUGUUAAUAUGCAUGCCAAAAUCUGUCAUUUCAGAGUGAACUUCAUGAUAUCAGUCAUCUAAAGAUGUGGACGCUCGGGUCAGGACUUUGUAAAACGUGUGUGUUUUAUUUUUAUCAUUUUUAUGAUAACUGCUAUUGUAUGUAUGUAUGUACAGUUCGUAUGUGUGUGUGUAUUAAACCGUACGUUCAUUUCAUACUCAGUUUUAAGGCUGACUGUAAUUUCAUUUUGCGGUUGAUAAAAAGGAAAUAUGUUUUAAACUAUGGACAUUUAAGAUAUGCUACUUGUAUGUGUACAUUUUGGAGAAGAAAAAAAAACACAUUGUGUUAUGAUUUAAUUUCAUAUUACUGGAGAGUAGUGACAUAAUAUGAUGACAAUAAUGAAAAUGAUUGUAAAAGCUGUAAUUAAAAAAACAAACCUGUAA